CAUCGAUCUGCUUGCUCGCUGGAUAAUCUCCUCCUUUUCCCUUUUUGCAGAUCGAUCGAGGUGCGUAGGAAUUGGGAGAGAUACGGCCGGGCAGAAAGGACAUGUAUAUUAGGUUCAAGCAAGCAAAGAGAAAUAUAAUUAAUUAAUUAAUUAAUUAAAGCUAGGUAGCUAAGGAACGGAGGAAAAGAAAUAUAUUUAUUUUUUUUUUAAAAAAAAAAAAAAAAGAGAAAGAGAGAGAGAAGGAGAAGGAGAAGAAGGAAUAAUGGUGAGGGGGAAAACGGAGCUGAGGCGUAUAGAGAACGCGACGAGCAGGCAGGUGACGUUCUCGAAGAGGAGAAAUGGGCUUCUGAAGAAAGCCUUUGAGCUCUCUGUGCUCUGCGACGCUCAGGUGGCCCUCAUCGUCUUCUCCCCCCGAGGAAAGCUCUAUGAGUUCGCCAGCUCCAGCAGCAUGCAGGAGAUUAUAGCGCGAUAUCGCAAGCACACUGCGGAUCGUCAGGGUGAAAACCCCUCGGUGGAACACGAGGAGGACUUGCAGCAUUUGUUGCAUGAAACUGAAUACCUGGCCAAAAAAAUAGAUUUCCUUGAAGCUUCAAAGAGGAAACUUCUGGGUGAAGAUUUGGGAUCAUGUGGCAUGGAAGAGUUACAGCACAUAGAGCAACAGUUGGAGCGGAGCGUGAGCAUCAUCCGUGCACGAAAGAUGGAAGUCUAUACUGAACAGAUUCAGAGAUUAAAAGAUAAGGAAUCAUUGCUAACAGCUGAGAAUGCAAUACUCCGGGAGAAGUACAAGUCAUUGGAACCAGCUGAGAAAGUGGCAAAUGAAGGGAAUGAGAGGGAUGCCCUUUGUGGGGAGGGCAGUGAGAAGUCAGAUGUGGAGACUGAACUGUAUAUUGGACUGCCAGAGAGUAGGGCAAAGCCAGACCCCCCUGUUCUCCUUCAACCUACAGCUAAUACUCCUACUUAUAUGCGAUAAGGGUAAGGUCUGCGCGCACCAUCCUUCCCAGACGCUCUUCUUUGUGAGAUUCUACUGGAUUUCUUGGCUUUGUUGUUGUUGUUGUUGUUGCAUACAUAGAUAUUCAUCUUCAUCCAUUUCCAAUUUGAAUUUAUAAGCAAAGAAUAAAACACCUAUGUGUAUAGCAAUUAAACGCGAGUGGCUCAUUUAGUUGCAACUGUAAACUUAAAUGGCAGCCCUCAAAUAGUUCCAAUGCUCAGCUGAAAUGUCCUGUUGUUGUAGUUUUAACUGCUUGAAAAACCAGCCUUUGCAAUGUGGGUUGUUUUGGUGCACAUGAUUUUAGCACAACUCUCUAAUGAUCUUAUUUCAGCGUUAAGAGAAUCCCGCAUCGUAAUAAGAAAGAAAACAUAUGUGUUCAU